AUGCCGGUUGCAAUGGUGAACAGGCUAACACCCGCCAAAGUGCCAGGGGCGGCGUCAGAGCACCCUCCGACGCGCCUGACAGUCCUCAGCACGGGGCAUCACGCUUCCUAUCCCGUAGCAAUCUCGGCUAUGUGGGGCGCGCUCCUGCCCGAGUAUGAGAUCCAGAUCGAGGAUCAUUCCUUUGACGAUCGCUAUUGUCGCCUUCACGGCACUUGCUCCGGAGACAGUCGAUUUGCUUGGCUGGGAGAGCACCUCAGAGGAACGCUUGUGCGAACAUGUGGCGGGCAUUACCUAAAAGGCUUCCAGGACAUUGCGUCAUUAGCGGAGCAACUCUUCGAGCUUGUGAAAGACUCGUUUGCUUCGCGAGCAGACCUAUUGCUCUGUACACACCCGCCUUAUUCGUGCCGACUUUUCUGGCCUUUUGUGGAGCGCCUUGGCUUACCUUUGCUGGGAUUCUUUGGUGGAACGUUGGAGGCGCACGUGCCGGAAGAAGGAAUUCAAGAAUGGCUGCAAGACUUCCGCACAAUGGCAACAGAUCCCCGGGUUCAGUUCGCAGCCAUUGCUCCAUUCCUGGCAGAGAAGAUGCGUUAUCAAUCUGGGGUUGACAUCCCGGCCUCCCGUGGCUUUGGUUUUCAUAUCAUCCAGCAAGGUGGCACCUACUUUCCAAGGAGGUGGGAUGAAGUGCUGCUAUGGAAGGGCAGCAGUGAAUGUGAUGAUAACCAGGAGCCGUUCAACGACGCCAUCCAUGCAGUGUCCAAGUCAGCAGCGCAAGGCGGCAACAUCAUCUUAAGGUUUCUGCAUCUCCACGCGCUGCGACAAAGCGAUGAGGGUGCCUCCUAUUCAAGCAUUACUUCCUUCCGGGCGGUUGUGUUUGUGCCCUACGAGGUACUGCUGAUGACUUUCUACGAGCUGUACCAUGCUGCGAUACCUCUUUUCAUCCCCGCCAAGGAGCUGGGUGUCUUCUUCAUGUACCGGGGCCCUGUGACAUAUCCGCACUGUGACUUUGUAAUGCCAGCUGAGGAAAGAGGCCGUUUUGCUGCAGUGUGCUGCCAGUUAGGGUUGUUAAUGAUUGACAUAGGUCAUCUCUACAGCCUUGGAAGACAGGCUGUCAACCUAGUCAAUGUAGGGCGUGAAGUUCGUGUCUUGCCGUGA